AUGAGAGUGAGGAUAGCAUUAGCUGAAAAAGGAGUGAAAUAUGAGUACAAUGAACAAGAUUUGAAGAAUAAGAGUAAAUUACUACUUAAGAUGAACCCGGUUCAUAAAAAGAUACUGGUUCUUGUUCAUAAUAAUAAACCGGUUUGUGAGUCUCUUAUAAUUGUUGAAUACAUUGAUGAAGUUUGGACUGAUAAAGAUACUUUGUUGCCUUCUGAUCCUUAUCGUAGGGCUCAAGCUCGUUUUUGGGCUGAUUUUGUUGAGAAGAAAAUAUACGAUACUGGGAGGGGAGUUUGGACCACUAAAGGCGAAGAUCAAGAGGCAACGAAUAAGGAAUUCAUUGAGCAUUUGAAGGUAUUGGAGCAAGAGUUAGGGAACAAAUCUUACUUUGGAGGAGAUGAAUUUGGGUUUGUUGAUGUUGUUUUCAUCCCAUUCUAUAGUUGGUUUCACGCCUAUGAAACAUUGGCCAACUUCAAGAUUGAAGAAUCUUGCCAAAGAUCAUUGAAUGGGCUAAGAGGUGCAUGCAAAGGGAAAGUGUGGCUAAAGCUCUUCCUGACCAAAACAAGGUUUAUGAGUUUAUUUUGGAGUUAAAGUAGAGGUUGGCAUUUAGAGA